AUGGAGGUUCCAGGUUCAUCGAAGAAGAUGAUCGCAACGCAGGAAGAGAUGGUUGCAGCUAAAGUACCGCUUGGUUACAGAGAUCAGUGCGCUCAUCUCCUGAUUCCGCUCAACAAAUGUCGCCAGGCUGAGUUUUUCCUUCCAUGGAAGUGCGAGGACGAGCGUCACGUCUACGAGAAGUGCGAAUACGAGCUCGUCAUGGAGAGAAUGCUCGCGAUGCAGAAGAUCCGUGAGGAAGAAGCCAAGGCUAAGCAGAAUAAGCUACAAGGGAACGGUGUUCCUCUAAUCCCUAAAACCGCUAAUGCUUAG